UGAAUUGACGACCAUGGAUUCAACUACAGCCACCGCCGGCCAUUUCUUGAAGCUCCUCCUCCUCCUCCUCCUCUUUUCUUCCUCAGAGGGGCUGUCCGAAAGAUGCCACCCGGACGACAAAAAAGCCCUCCUGCGAAUCAAGAAAGACCUCAACAGUCCCAGAAACUUCAUCUCAUGGGACCCCAGCGUCGACUGCUGCCAAUGGAACAUCAUCGAAUGCGACCCGCAGACCAACCGCGUCGUCAUUCUGUCCGUCCUCCUCGCCGACCUGAACCUCCCCAUGCCCCUCUCUGUCGGCGACCUGUCCCACCUCGAACAGCUCAUCUUUCACAAGACUAACCUCACGGGCCCAAUCCCACAGACCCUUUCCAGGCUUUCCAAACUCAGAUUUCUCGAUCUCACCUGGAAUCAUCUCACCGGCCCCGUCCCAUCCUUCCUCGGGGAUCUGAAGAACCUGGAUUACAUAGGCCUGUCGUUCAACAACCUGACAGGCUCGAUCCCGGCGUCGCUUUCCCAGCUCCCCAAGCUCACCGGCCUUCUCCUAGACCGUAACGGGCUGACAGGGGGCGUCCCGAAAUCCUUGGCAGAUUUCCAGGCGGAGAGCUUCUACCUCUACCUGUCGCACAAUCAGCUGAGCGGCACGAUCCCGAGGAGGUGGGGAGAAGCCAAUUUCUUCACGUACAUCGACAUGUCGAGAAACAGGAUCGAAGGUGAUAUAUCGUUCUUGUUCGGGAAGAACAAGAGCCUGAAUUUCGCGGAUUUCUCGAGGAACAUGCUGCAAUUCGACAUGUCGAAAAUGGAGUUGGGAAAGCGGCUGGGAACGCUGAACGUGAACCAUAACAGGAUCACGGGGAGGCUGCCGGAGGGAUUGGUUGAACUGGAGAACAUAGAUCUGAACGUGAGCUACAACAGGCUGUGUGGCCGGAUUCCGGUGGGCGAGAAUCGGCAUUUGCAGUCGCUGGACUAUACUGCGUACUUUCACAAUAAGUGCUUGUGCGGCGAGCCGUUGCCUGAGUGUGCGUAAAAGUAUCCGUGUUGAAAGAGCUUAAUUUGAAUAUCUUCAAUUUCCAUGGAUCUAGGUGUGUUUAUGAUCAAUAAUUCAAUUCAAUUCAAUUCCAGUUUAAUUAAAAUA